ACAUGAGUAAAGAUAGGCAAGUUCAGGAUGCAAAUAACUUUGACAGAGUGGUCCACGCAUAAGAAGAGACUUACUGACAGAACCUGCACGCUUUAUGGUCACGCUCACAACAGUUUCUACGUCUGUCUCCAAACAACCGGAUGUGACAGGACGAUUGCGGGGCGUACCUAGUGUUGAUUUCGUUAAUGACUGUGAUCACGUGGUCUUGUUGUUGGUGGUGCAAAUAGGAACAUUGCCCCUUGGGAAUCAAGACUUUUAAUUGGUCUCCUUUUUUCUUUACCAGUGCGGUGAGUUAGUUUUUUGAUGUUUUGAGAUGGUGAGUUGGUUCUAUGUUUGUCUGGUUGGUGAGUUGGUUCUAUGUUUGUCUGGUUGGUGAGUUGGUUUUAUGUUUGUCUGGUUGGUGAGUUGGUUCUAUGUUUGUCUGGUUGGUGAGUUGGUUCUAUGUUUGUCUGGUUGGUGAGUUGGUUCGUUGUUUGUCUAGUUAGUGAGUUAGUUGUAUGUUUGUCUAGUUGGUGAGUUAGUUCUAUUUUUGUAUAGUUGGUGAGUUAGUUCUAUGUUUGUCUAGUUGGUGAGUUGGUUUUAUGUUUGUCUGGUUGGUGAGUUGGUUCUAUGUUUGUCUUGUUGGUGAGUUGGUUCUAUGUUUUUCUAGUUGGUGAGUUAGUUCGUUGUUUGUCUAGUUAGUGAGUUAGUUGUAUGUUUGUCUAGUUGGUGAGUUAGUUCUAUUUUUGUAUAGUUGGUGAGUUAGUUCUAUGUUUGUCUAGUUGGUGAAUUAGUUAUAUGUUUGUCUAGUUGGUGAAUUAGUUCUAUGUUUGUCUAGUUGGUGAAUUAGUUCUAUGUUUGUCUAGUUGGUAAGUUAGUUCUAUGUUUGUCUAGUUGGUGAAUUAGUUCGUUGUUUGUCUAGUUAGUGAGUUAGUUCUAUGUUUGUCUAGUUGGUGAGUUAACUUUAUAUAUCCUUGCAGUAAAUAAUGACUUUACAAGUUCAGCGGUUCAUGGCGGUUCUGGUGUUGACUUUGGUGGGGUGCUUUACAAGUGUUCGUGGGGUGUGGAGCAUUUCAGCAGCUGAAAGGUGUCGAGCCCGUCAGGAGAUGAGAACCCUCAACAGGUAAAUACUGUAUUUCGUGUACAGGCAGAGAAGCAAGCAUUGAAUUUCAAUGUUAAUUAUUUGGCAUUUUUAUUCUCCGCGCUAUUGUAGCAUUUACAUUGACACCAUUAUUUUACAAUGAGCUCUCACACAACAACGCAAUAAACCAUCGGCACUAACCACCUGGACUAACCACAGGCACUAACCACCGGCACUAACCACCGGAGGUAACCACCGGCACUAACCACCGGAACUAACCACCGGCACUAACCACCGGAACUAACCACCGGAACUAACCACCGGAACUAACCACCGGCACUAACCACCGGAACUAACCAUCGGCACUAACCAACGGCAAAAACCACCGGAACUAACUACCGGAACUAACCACCGGAACUAACUACCGGAACUAACCACCGGAACUAACCACCAGCACUAACCAUCGGCAAUAACCAUCGGCACUAACCACCGGCACUAACCACUGAAACUAACCACCGAACCAACCACCAGCACUAACCACCGGAACUAACCACCGGCACUAACCACCGGCACUAACCAUCGGCACUAACCACCGGAACUAACCACCGGCACUAACCACCGGAACUAACCAUCGGCACUAACCAACGGCACUAACCAUCGGCACUAACCAUCAGCACUAACCACCGGAACUAACUACCGGAACUAACCACCGGAACUAACCACCGGAACUAACCACCGGAACUAACCACCGGAACUAACCACCAGCACUAACCAUCGGCAAUAACCAUCGGCAAUAACCACCGGAACUAACCACAGGCACUAACCAUCGGCACUAACCACAUGAACUAACUACCGGAACUAACCAUUCAAAACCUACUGUUAAUAAAUCAUUUGAAUAUCUUUCCAAUUUUCAUCAAAGACUGUGUAGAAAGAUGCGAAAUGGAAAAAUGAAAUCUAUCCGCGGCCUUUUUAAGACUAGAAUUUGUCAUCAAAGUCUACGCAUGCGUGCAUUUAAGUUAAACGAUAAACGUGAAUGAUAUUUAAACAUGUCAACCUGCAUUUACGACAGAUACGAUCAAAAUAUUAUUUAUUUUAUUAGCUUUUGUUUACCAGGACACCUACUUAUAUAUGGAGGGAAAGCAUUUCCGGCCAUCUGCAGAAUUUUGUAUUUUUGACUUGGAUGUGGCAAAAGUCAUGUCCUGCCGUAGGCAGGCCCUAACCCUUGCUUUGCUACUUCACUGAAACAUUUUAUAGAGCCAUUUUGUCCAUCAAUGACCACAUAUAUACGAUAAUGUUAUACAACAUUCUUGUCAAGUAAUGGCCUCGGUUCACCAACUGGACUUGACUCAGUCAACAGCUGUCCAGAUGUCGCAGUGUUCUACGGUUCUCAACCAGAGAGACUCCAGCACCGAAGGUGUGAGAAGUUACGCUGUGACUUUGUCUCCACGGGGUGCCUGGUGCGGGGCGCCGACCAACCCCCUCCCGUUAAGUGUUUCUCCAUCUGGUCUAUGAUGUCACAGCCGGACGCCGGCAAUUGUCCCUACACACGUGAGUUAUCUUACCUUUGGCAAUUGUCAAAACACACGUGAGUUAUCUUACCUUUGAAAACUGUCACUACACGUGUGAGUUAUCUUACCUUUGACAACUGUCACUACACACGUGAGUUAUCUUACCUUUGACAACUGUCACUACACACGUGAGUUAUCUUACAUUUGACAACUGUAACUACACACGUGAGUUAUCUUACAUUUGACAACUGUCAAUACACACGUGAGUUAUCUUACCUUUGACAACUGACACUACACGUGUGAAUUAUCUUAUCUUUAACAACUGUCACUACACAUGUGAGUUAUCUUAACUUUAGCAACUGUCACUACACUUGUGAGUUAUCUUACCCUUGACAACUGUCCCUACACACGUGAGUUAUCUUACCCUUGACAACUGUCACUACACACGUGAGUCAUCGUACCUUUGACAACUGCCCCUACACAUGAGAAUUAUCUUAACUUUGACAAAUGCCCCUACGAAUGUGAAUUAUCUUACCUUUGGCACUGACAUGACAGAGAUUGGGCUUUAAACAAAAGAAAAUAUCAUAUGUGAUUUUUGAAAUGACAGGCUUAGUAUGCUGCUUGUUGACAAGACAGCGUGACAGAAUGAAACUAGGCAGACUGACAGCGAGGUAGACUGACAUUUACGGAGGCAAAAAAUUAUGUGAAGACAUACAGGUAAGCAGACAGACAGCUUGGUGAACAUACAGACAGAAAGCUGAACAGACGUUCAUCUUGGCAGACAGACUUGUACCAUGACGGGCAGACAGCUUGGCAGACUUACAACGUGGCAGGCAGACAGCUUUGCAAACAGACAGACAGCUUUGCAAACAGUCAGACAGCUUAGCAUACAUGCAACUUGUUAGACAUACGACUUGGCAGAUAUACAACUGUACAGAUUGACUAAUUCAAUGCAUCUAUUUUCCGUAAGCCUAACACACGUAUGUGGUCUAGAUAUUUCGACAGUAUUUUUUAGUUCCUCUUAAGAUGAGAGCAGAAACUAUGCAAAUUUCACAUUCCGUUUUGACGUCUGCUUAUCUCCAUAAAAUAACAGUCAGCUUCUCUCCCUUAUUUUCAGCUUGUGAAGGAUACAACAGGAAAUCUAAAUGCGUCAAGGAAAAGAUCGCCUGCCAGCAAGGUCAAGGUGAACUUGUUCCGUUUGGGCUGUGCAUCAAUGAUGAGUUGUGCUGCCAAUUUCCGCUGACCACAUGACGACGUCCAACCGUAUAAACUGGGAUAAUGCUAGACGUGUUUAAACAGCUGGGAUAGUGAAUACAGCAAUCAAAUAAACAGCUGGCCCGCAAGACAAUAUUUUGCGGCUCGCUACAUGACAGUAAAGUUUAGUGUUAGUGCGGCCCGCGUGACGUUUUCAGUCGAUCCUCACCGACUGGUCCAGUUCUGAUUGUUAUUAUGUUUGUAGAGAUUUGGACGUUGAUCAUAAUGGUAAAAACCGUUUUAAAAUUGGAAUAAAAGUUUUCAUUUUAUAGCAUUUAAUGAGAGAAACAUGGCCUAAGUCCAGUUCUCAACAAAGUUGAAAAAGUUUGUUAGUGGGUAAGGUACAACCAUAGUUGUGUAUAUCGUAGCAAUAUGACACAUUAUCAAAGCAUCCCUAUUAAAAUUGUCCCUAGUGUUAACGAAUGAGGGAAGUUCCGACCCUGUCAGAUUGGUCACUUUCCAAAUAGGGUUAGUCAAAAAGGCCUUUUCUACGAUUUAAAAAUCGAAAUUUAUUCUGUCUACAAGAGCAUCUUCCUUCGCAUCAAUAACGCAUAAGGCUCCUGCCUACUGUUUGAUCACGUUUUAGUCUUCAAAGUCUUCAUGUUCCUAUACUAAGUGAUCCCAAAUGGUUUAUGGACUUGGCUUUACACAGGAGCUGAAUGUCCUCAACAAGAGGUUACAAGACCAGAGGCAGCUUGCCAGUGUUGCCUAUGACAAUGUCAGGGCAUACUGCACAAAUCUUAUGUUAUGGUUCUCAGAGAAAACUCUGCCAUUUUCCAACAUGCAACGUACUCAUGCCAUUUCAAAGCUGCAGGAAGAAUUUGAUCACGUUUGCAGAAUUCAAAACACACAGAGCCACUUUUCAAAUGUUUGCCGACACUCUUUUAUUCAAUGUCGAAGAUUUCU